AUGUCCCAUGCCUCGGAAGUGCCUGGAUGGCUUCAGUCCUUCCGAGCAGCUGCACGACUCUCCCAGUCUCGCAUGUCCAUGUCGAAGCGCCGCCGAACCUCGAGGAUCUCGAUCUCAAGGAAAUCAAAGGAGUCCAGGAAAUUCUCGAGACAAUCCAGUGGACAAUCCAAGGAAUCCAAGAGUCUUGCUCUCCUUAGCCAAGAGCAGUCAUUUAUUCGGGAUGUCUUUCGACCUGACGAUGGAGUUCUGGAUUUUGGGGGCCAAGAACUUGGUGAUGCGAUUGCUGUGGCGCUUGCGGCUGCGUGGCCCAGCCUGGCCAGCAGCUUGCAACGCUUGCACUUGGGUGGCAACAACAUAAGCGAUGAAGGAAUGGUUGCAUUGAUUGCAGCAAUUGAAGCACAUGGCCCUUCCCCAUCCAAGCUGCGUCGUUUGAACCUUCGCGGAAACAAUCUUGGGCCAGCUUCGGUGGAGGCCUUGGCUUCGCUGUUGCCAUUGCUGCCCAAGUUGGAAUCAUUGGAUCUCGGAGGCAAUGCUUUGGAGAAUUCUGCAGCCCAAUUCCCCGGUUUGCGAACUUGGUUCUGUCCGGGUGCCCAGACAAACUAUUGUUUCGUUGCAAUGGUUGGACAUGUGACUAGUCAUGACUAG